GGAGGCUCGUCCACGCCGUCAUCAUCAGCAAGUCCCCAACCUUCAUUCCCACCCCCUACCUUUUACCCUCCGAUUAUAUAACGAACUUGAUUCCUCCUGUCUGUAACUUCGUUCUCCUACGAUCAUUCUCACAACGCGAAUCCGCCGGAAUGACUACCUACACGAAUAAAGGCCCAAAGCCUGAAGCUGGGCGAUUUCUCUGCUUUGAUCAUGUAGUCUUUUGGGUAGGAAAUGCAAAACAGGCUGCAAGUUAUUAUUGCUCGAGGCUAGGCUUUGAACCUUUGGCCUACAAAGGUUUGGAAACAGGAUCGAGGGAAUAUGCUGCACACGUUGUACAGCAAAACAAGAUUAGAUUUGUCUUCAUGUCUGCUUACGAACCGACAGAAAAAGAACUCAACCAUCAUUUGAUGAAGCAUGGUGACGGUGUCAAAGAUGCUGCAUUCAGUGUAGAAGAUAUCGAUGCGAUAGUUAAAAAAGCAAAAGAAAGAGGAGCGACUGUUGUAAAAGACAUUUGGGAAGAGAAAGAUGAGUUUGGCUCUGUGAAAUUUGCUACUGUUAAAACUUUUGGAGAUACAACCCACACUUUUGUCGAUCGUUCCAAGUACAAGGGAUUAUUUUUGCCAGGUUAUCAUAAGUCACCAGUUAAUGAUGUACUGCUUAAGCAAUUGCCACCAGGAAAAUUAGAUUUCAUUGACCACAUGGUUGGCAACCAACCAGACCUCUGUAUGGAAGAAGUUGCCGAUUGGUAUGAAAAAAACCUUCUUUUCCAUCGGUUCUGGUCUGUCGAUGAUACCCAACUGCACACUCAAUACUCAGCACUUAGGUCAAUUGUUGUAACAAACUAUGAAGAGACGGUUAAAAUUCCAAUAAAUGAACCUGCCCCUGGUAAAAAAAAGAGUCAGAUUUCAGAAUAUGUGGAUUACUAUGGAGGCGCAGGAGUACAACACAUAGCGCUUAACACUCAGGAUAUUAUCAGUGCAAUAACCAACUUAAAAGGAAGAGGGCAGGAGUUUAUGUCAGUCCCCGAUUCUUAUUACGACAUGCUGAAGAAAAAACUCAAAGCUGACAACUUUGAAAUCAAGGAGGAUCUUAGUGUUUUACAAAAACUUAAAAUUCUCAUUGAUUACGAUGAAAACGGAUACCUGCUGCAGAUUUUCACGAAAAAUAUGCAGGACAGGCCGACACUCUUCUUAGAGGUCAUCCAGCGUCAUAAUCACAACGGAUUCGGAGCUGGAAAUUUCAAGGCUCUUUUUGAAGCUAUCGAAGCAGAACAAGCUGACAGAGGAAACCUUUGAUUUUGUGAUAAUGGCUGUUUUUAGUUUUCAAAUAAAGGAAUUGUUCGAUUAAAUACGAUUGCUGUUUUUGUUAUGUCAAUAAAAUAAUUUAAAUUUACAAAAUAA